CAGAUAAAGAUGUGCUGACAGAAGUCAGAAAGAGCUUUAUUACUGUUUUUAAGUAACGGAGAUGGCGUCAGGUUGGCAGUUACGAAGCUUGAGGUAGUUAAAGGUGUCAAACAUAUUUAUGUCUUUACUUUUCCUUCUCAGCUUCCCGUUCUCAACAGCGUUUGUUUGGUGCGUCAGAUGGCGCUGCCUGCAUGCGGAAGAGAAACCAAGGAACACCGGGAAUGUCACGAAUCGGAAACCUCCAGCCGUCGUGCUUUUCUGCUCAGACAGUCGGUGUAUUUUACUCAAAGAAGCUCAAGAACAAGGUUUGGCUGGUAACAUGGGUUAGCUAAGGUGCACGCCGCAUCCAACGGGUAUUUUAUCACCAUCAUCUUCAUCUCUAAGACCACAAACGACUGCCAACCCGAUGCAUCCCUUCAGUUCACUUCGGUCCCAGUUUACAGAUACUGACAUGGACUAUGAGAGGCCUAAUGUCGAGACCAUUAAAUGUGUGGUGGUGGGAGACAAUGCUGUGGGCAAAACUCGUCUGAUUUGUGCCCGUGCGUGUAACGCCACUCUUACACAGUACCAGCUCCUCGCCACCCAUGUGCCCACUGUCUGGGCCAUUGACCAGUAUAGAGUCUGUCAAGAGGUUCUGGAACGCUCCAGAGAUGUAGUGGACGAUGUUAGCGUAUCUCUUCGAUUAUGGGACACCUUUGGAGACCAUCACAAAGACCGCCGCUUCGCUUAUGGCAGGUCAGAUGUGGUGGUCCUGUGCUUCUCCAUUGCCAACCCCAAUUCUCUGUUUCACGUGAAGACCAUGUGGUACCCGGAGAUCAAGCACUUCUGCCCUCGUGCCCCGGUCAUCCUGGUGGGCUGCCAGUUAGACCUGCGUUACGCUGACCUGGAGGCUGUUAACAGGGCAAGGAGACCUCUUGCCAGACCCAUCAAAGCGAACGAGAUUCUUCCUCCUGAGAAGGGACGUGAGGUGGCCAAAGAGUUGGGCGUGCCGUAUUACGAGACCAGCGUGGUGGCUCAGUUUGGAGUGAAGGACGUGUUUGACAAUGCCAUCCGCGCUGCUCUCAUCUCACGGCGCCACCUGCAGUUCUGGAAAUCUCACUUGCGGGAUGUCCAACGGCCUCUCCUGCAGGCACCCUUCCUGCCUCCCAAACCUCCUCCGCCCGUUAUAGUCAUCCCUCCGCCCCCUUCCACCACCGAGGAGCAUCCAGGCCAGCUGCUGGAGGAGCCGCUGUGUGCUGAUGUGGUUCUGGUCCUCCAGGAGAACCAGCGAGUCUUCGCUCAUAAGGUCUACCUCGCCACAGCCUCCUCAAAAUUCUACGACCUUUUCCUCCAGGAUGUGAAGGCCGAGGCUGACUGUAAGCAACCCACCGGACGGGAGCCUCCCACACGGGCGGCCAGCUUUGACAUGUGUGAGAGCAGCGAUGAAGAAAGCAGGGUCAACCUCAGGGCCUGCAUCAGUGACGGGACCGCCGCAGACUCCGAUGGGAUCCUGGAGGGCGGACGUGGGGGGAGGCUUUUGUCGUCUUUGGGUCGGGCUUUCGUCAGUAUCAGGAGAGAAACAGUCCAGGACCCCGUCACGUUCAUCUCCCGGCUGAUGACGGUGGUGCACAUGGACCCUUCGGUGCUGCUCGGGCCGUUUCGUGUAGUCAUGCGUUACCUUUACACAGGACAGCUGGAUGAACACGAGAAGGACCUGAUGCACAUCGCACACAUCGCUGAGCUGCUGGAGGUGUUUGACUUGCGCAUGAUGGUCGCCAACAUCCUCAACAAUGAGGCCUUCAUGAAUCAGGAAAUCACAAAGGCUUUCCAUGUGCGACGGACCAACCGGGUGAAGGAAUGCCUGGCUAAAGGAACUUUCUCAGAUGUGGUGUUUAAACUGGAUGAUGGUACCGUUCAGGCCCAUAAACCUCUGCUCAUCUCCAGCUGUGAUUGGAUGGCAGCCAUGUUUGGAGGGCCUUUUGUCGAGAGCUGUACUAAAGAGGUGUUGUUCCCAAACACGACCCGUAGUAGCAUGCAGGCAGUGCUGGAGUAUCUCUACACGGGACGCUUCUGCUCCAGACCUGACCUGGACGCCAUGGAGCUCAUUAUCCUGGCUAAUCGCCUUUGCCUGCCUCACCUGGUCGCCCUCACAGAACUGCAUACCGUGACUGUUCUGAAGGAGGCUGCCGCCAUGGGCACAGACAUCGACGGAGAUGUGCUGGUGUAUCUGGAGAUGGCUCAGUUCCACUGUGCCUACCAGCUCACCGAUUGGUGCCUUCACCACAUCUGCACCAACUACAACAACGUGUGCCGCAAAUUCCCCAGAGACAUGAGGGCCAAAUCAGCAGAGAACCAAGAAUACUUUGAGAAGCACCGCUGGCCUCCAGUCUGGUACCUGAAGGAGGACGACCACUACCAGAGAGCUCGGAAAGAGCGGGAAAAGGAGGACUACCUGUCCCAAAAACGCCAAAACAAGCGUAAAUGGCUGCUGUGGAAUCUUCCGCCCUCCCCUUCGAACCCCUCUUCGUCGUCCUCAUCCUCCUCUUCCUCAGGCUCCUCUGCUAUUAUUUGAAGAGACGAGGGUGAAGCCUUAUAGAUGGAGAAACGGUGAAGGUGCAGUGAACAGAUCCUCCAGUCUUUCUGCUCUCCUCACAGCUGGUUUCAGAUCAACAUCUCAUCAGUCGUGCUUUGAAGUUCUUGGUGCUUGAAGUCCUGCACUUGGACACAGGACACGGCCGCCAAAAAGGUCUAGAGGUGAAAUGUUUACCAAAUGUGACUACAGUCGUUAAGCAUUUCAUCUCAAAACAAUGAAGAAACUUUGCCGUGUUUUAGUGGUUCUCAGCUGAUUUUACUUUGGGCAACAGUCAAAAAUUGUUUAUCAUUAAAAAACCUACUGAAUUGA